AAUUCGGCAUCCGGAAUGGCGGUUAAUGAUGAGUGCAAGCUCAAGUUCUUGGAGUUGAAAGCCAAGAGGAACUUUCGCUUCAUCAUCUACAAAAUUGACGAGGCUUUACAACAAGUCAUGGUGGACAAGCUUGGCCAACCCCAUGAGAGCUACAAUGAUUUUACCGCAUCAUUUCCCCCCAACGAGUGUCGCUAUGCUGUAUUUGAUUUCGACUUCGUGACGGAUGAGCAUUGCCAAAAGAGCAAGAUCUUCUUCAUUUCUUGGUCUCCAGACUCAUCAAAAGUGAGGAGUAAGAUGUUAUAUGCGAGCUCCAAAGACAGAUUCAAGAGAGAGCUCGAUGGUAUUCAAGUAGAGUUACAAGCAACCGAUCCAAGCGAGAUGAGCCUCGACAUUGUUAAAGAUCGAGCUAUAUGA